ACCCUUCUAUACUCAGAAUAGACCAGACCACAUUCUUGCUCUGAAGUUAAGCCCAGUGUUACAUUUUCAUGCGCCAACUGCUGCGUCCUAAUGUCCCUCGUACAGCAAUAACCGCCCGUUAUGUUCCUCGUUAUUUGUCCCCGACUGCAGUUUGAUUCCCAAAUAAGUCAUUUUUUCUUUUAAAGAACAGAAUCCUUUUCAAAGGAAUUUGUCUGGCGCGUUCUAUUCUCGUACACUAUCCUCCCCCCGCCCUCCCCAGCCUCCGCACUUCAUCAGAAACUCGCAAUCCUACAGCUGUCUCAUUCCUCUGCAUUCAUGCAGGUUCUGAUUACUAUGCGUUCUCUAGAUGUUCAACUCCUGUUGUGACCCAACACCCCAGAGGCGGAGCAAACAAGCUGAGACGUCAGGGCAAAAAAAAAAAAAAAAAAAAAAUCAUCCUAGCCAUGCAAGCUAUCCCUGGGCUCAGCUGCUCCCAGCCCACAUCCAUGGCUUGUGUGACAGCAUCGGAACACAGAAGCCGCGUUGAAAUGCAGUUAGCAGUACAGCUGGGAGACAGGCAAGGAGGCGAUGGUCCAGUGACGAAAAUGAGCUUCCCGUGAGCUUGCUGAUCAACUGCGGUGCCUACUAGGGGCCGGGGGCUUCCCCUUGCGGCAGUGCCGGGCUCGGUGCGAAAAUACCCUGCGGUGCAACUCAGUUUCUCUUAGUGACUGCGGUGUUUUUCCUCCUUUUUUUUCUCCCACUUCCCGUGUCCUCUUCUCUAGGAUGGCGGAGGCAGAAUUGCACAAGGAAAGGCUGCAAGCCAUAGCUGAAAAAAGAAAAAGACAGACUGAAAUAGAAGGCAAGAGGCAGCAGCUUGAGGAACAGAUCCUUCAGCUGCAGCAUUCCAAGUCCAAAGCACUCCGAGAAAAAUGGCUGCUACAAGGAAUGCCAGCUGGUACUGCCGAAGAAGAAGAAGCUAGAAAGCGACAAUCUGAGGAAGAUGAGUUCAGAGUUAAAAAACUUGAAGAUAAUAUUCACAGGCUGGAGAAGGAAAUACAGACCCUAGAAAGUGAAGAGUCCCAGAUAUCUGCCAAAGAGAAAAUCAUCCUAGAGAAACUAAAGGAAACAGAGAAAUCUUUCAAGGAUUUUCAAAAGAGCUUUUCCAAUACGGAUGGAGAUGCAGUAAAUUACAUUUACACCCAGCCCCCUGACUUGCCAAUUCUCUAUUCACGAACAACAGAAUCAUCUCCUGAGCAAGACGGGACGAGCAGGGUAGCUGCUGUGUACGCCAUGGAAAUUAAUGUGGAGAAAGACAAACAAACAGGAGAGACCAAGAUUCUCUCUACAUCAACCCUUGGCCCAGAGGGGGUCCAUCAGAGAGGAGCCAAAAUCUAUGAUGACGGUACCAAAGUAGUCUAUGAGGUGCACUCAGGAGGUACCGUGGUAGAGAAUGGAGUGCAUAAACUAAAUUCAAAGGAUGUAGAUGAACUUAUUCAGAAAGCUGAACAAUCAAGCAUAAGAGGAGGACAUGAGGCAAAGGCUAUGUUGGAGAGGACUGUGAUAGCUGAUGGGAAACUCAGCCAUGCAAAGGAACAGAUGCUCUGCAAGGAGGCCAAGUUAGAAAUGGUCCACAAAUCUAGGAAAGACUGUCCUGCAGAGAGCGUAGAACAACAGACGAAAGCCAUUAGAGCUGAAGUCCCCGACGUGAGCGUGGACCAGCCAGUGACCAUGAUUUUCAUGGGCUACCAAAACAUAGAGGGUGAAGAGGAGGCCAAAAAGGUGCUAGGAUACGACGAGACCAUCAAAGCCGAGUUGGUGCUCAUUGACGAAGAUGAUGAGAAGUCACUCCGGGAGAAGACGGUGACCGACGUGUCCACUAUUGAUGGAAAUGCAGCUGAGCUUGUCUCUGGAAAGCCCAUCUCAGACACCACAGAGCCCUCCUCCCCCGAGGUGAAGGAGGAGAGCCUGGCCACAGAACCAGUCCCAGGAUCUCAGUGGGACAGUGUGCUGCCAUGUGGUGAUCAGAAAACCUUCAAUCCAUUAGAAACUUAUGUAGAAAUGACUGUACAGAAACCCCACAAGCUUCUUGAGGAUAACAUCAGAUUGACAAAAGGUGGAGAUCACUAUAGUGCCAAUCUGCUGGGACCUCCCACCAGCAUUCUUUCCCCUAGCAACAAGAACAUGGAAAUAGAAAUCCCCAUUGCAGAAUGUAAAAGUGUCUCUGGGAUUUCUUCAGCAUCACAUUCCAUGGACAGUUCCUCUCCUUUUUAUUCCCCUCAUAAUGGCCUCAUCUCAGACCACCAUGAAUCCCUGGAUAAUGAGGUGGCUAGAGAGAUCCAGUAUCUAGAUGAAGUGUUAGAGGCCAAUUGUUGUGACUCUGCUGCUGAUGUGUCUUACAAUGGGAUAUCUUCGCCAGAGCCAGGUGUAACCAUCACUGUGGGCAGUCCAGGUCCAUCUGUCCACACAACAAACCACAUAGAACUCCCUGAAAGGGAAGCAGUUCUUCUUGUUGGCAGGCAGGCCCCUCCUCUCAUAGAGCUGAGCCAAGGUGAAAUCAUGGCAGACACCUUCAGGGCAAAUGGUCACUCUCCAGAUGGGCAGAGGGAUAACCUUCAAGCCCCUGUGAGCCCCAGUUCUUCAACCAGUUCAAAGGGGUCUUUCCGAGAUGGGGAGACCACUCUCACCACUUUGAAGAAAGAAGCAAAAUUUGAAUUGCGUGCCUUCCAUGAGGAUAAGAAGCCAUCCAAACUUUUUGAGGAUGAUAACAAUGAGAAGGAAGCAUAUAGAGUCCGAAAGGUAAGGCCAUCAGAGGAGAUGCUGGAACUAGAAAAAGAGAGGCGAGAACUAAUCCGGAGUCAGGCAGUGAAAAAAAAUCCUGCCAUCGCAGCCAAAUGGUGGAACCCACCCCAGGAACCCACUCUAGAGGAACAACUGGAUGAUGAGCCUCUAGAGUCACAUAAAAAGUAUAAGGAACGCAAGGAGAGGAGGCAGCAACAAGAACAGCAGCUGCAGCAGCAACAGCCACAGCUGCCACCACAGUCUUCCACAAUUCCAGCCUCCCCUAAACAGACAGUCUGCUCUUUUGAACUUGCAGACCCAUCCAGUGGUCUGAAGGAGGAUGUUGUCACAGAGCAAAUAGACUUCUCUGCUGCAAGGAAGCAGUUUCAGUUGAUGGAGAAUUCCAGACAAACAGGAGGCAGGGGCCAAGGAGCACCCAGACUGUUUUCCAUCAAACCCUUUUAUAGACCUUUGGGUUCCAGUUACUCAGAUAAGCCGUCCACCAUCACAAGACCAGUUUCAGUUGUGGGGCAGAUGGAGGAUGAUGGAAUAUCUGCAGCCAAGGGACAGAAGGCCUCCUAUGUUCCAGAGAAUCAGCUUUUAGGAAACCAGAACAAUCCAGUUAGUCCUGAAAAGGAAUCUCCCUGUACUGACCCUUCAAAACAUGUGUCAUCAGCCAAGCUGUGGGCAGAGGAGGGGGAGUUUACAAGUGCUCGAGCUGUCUUCACAGUGGUGAAGGAUGAGGACCCUGGCAUCUUAGAUCCAUUUACGAGGUCAGUCUAUGUCUCUUCACCCCCAGAGGAGCUGGACUCUGGUUUGGAGGAGCUGUCAGUGAGAUCUCAGGGCACCACGGUGCUGGAAACCCUGUCCAAUGACUUCAGCAUGGACAAUCUCAGUGACAGCGGUGCAUCCAAUGAGACAAUGAAUGCCCUACAAGAAAACUCCUUGACAGAUUUUUCUCUGCCCCAAACUCCACAGACUGACAUCCCCCCCGAGGGACGAGCUGAAGGUUCAGUGUCCAAGUCAUUCAGUGACCAUGGUUUUUAUUCCCCUUCCUCCAUGCUUGGAGAUUCCCUGCUUGCAGAUGACCCACUGGAAUAUCAUGCCGGUCUUUUGGUGCAGAAUGCCAUCCAACAAGCCAUAGCUGAGCAGGCUGACAAAGCCACCAAAGACCCAGCUGAACAAAAGAUUUGCCCAGGGGAAGCCCAGCACAAAGUUGGGGCAGUGGUUCCCUGCUCAGAGAAACCUCAGAGCACAUUUAAGCCACCUCAAGUGUCUUCUCCUGUUCAAGAAAAAAGAGAUGUAUUACCAAAGAUGGCAACAGAUGAAGACAGAGACCUCAGGGAAGAGACGGCUUCCCAACAAUUCCCCACUAUUCAUUCUGUUCAUCCAGUCCACAUCGAGGAGAGCAGGCCAGAAGGAAGCUACUUUAGCAAGUAUUCAGAGGCAGCUGAGUUGAGGAGUACAGCCUCCCUCUUGGCCACUCAGGAGUCAGAGGUGACGGUGGGACCCUUUAAGCUAAGGUCAAGGAAGCAGAGGACUUUGUCCAUGAUAGAAGAAGAGAUCCGAGCAGCCCAGGAGAGAGAGGAGGAACUGAAGAGGCAGAGGCAAGUCUUACAGACAACCCAGAGCCUCAGAGUGAAGAACGCCUCUACCCUGCCCUCCAGAACAGUGUGCUACAAAACAGCACCCGGGAAAAUAGAGAAAGUCAAACCUCCUCCAUCCCCCACAACAGAAGGCCCCAGCUCGCAGUCUGAUUUACUUCCCGAAGAGGCUGCCGGAUCCCAGCGGCCCAAGAAUCUGAUGCAGACCCUCAUGGAAGAUUACGAAACACACAAAUCUAAAAGGCGUGAGAAAAUGGAUGAGAGCAGUUACACCUGUAAAUUACUGUCUAACAGCAAGGUUACUUCUGAGGUCCUUGAGGCAACCCGGGUGAAUCGUCGGAAGAGUGCAUUAGCCUUGCGUUGGGAAGCAGGAAUUUAUGCCAACCGGGAGGAAGAGGAGGAUGAAUAAAUAUUUCUCAAUCAAGUUCAUUUGGUGCAUGGAACAAGAAGAAACCAAAAAAAAAAAAAAAGAGAGAGAGAGAGAGAGAGAGAGAGAGAAAAGAAAGUAACCCUUUUUAAUGAAAUACUUAUUAAGGAGUAAAAAAGCUCAGUGAUUUAGACCAGAAAUACUGCAAAAGACAUCUUUGGGAGGAAACUUAAAAUAAAUUGGAAACUCAUCUACUGAACUCUCAGCAUACCCCAAGGGAAAAAGAGAGCAAGAGAAGAUUCCUAUGACUUACUGGGUUUAUCCAAAAGGAGGAUAUCACCACCAUCAAUAAGAACAGCCACAGCUGUGAUGCCUGCAGCAAGUAACUAUUGAAGGUCAAAGUAAUUACAAAUGGUGGAAACCUGAACAAAUCAAUGUGCUUCCUUCUAACAGGACUCCCUGCCUAACUUUGCGCUAAGGAAGAGCAAGCAGUCCAUGGUGAGCUCUAUCAAAAGAGCACAUCUUGUGCAGGAGCAAUUUAACAAGGCACAUGGUAUUCCUUUGGAUCCUCCUACAGUUUCAUUGUCCCCAUUCCCCAUGCUGUGCUAGGAACAUCAUGUUCACCCCAGUUACAGCCAUAAAUAGGAUGUUUGGGUUUUUUUUUUUUUUUUAAAGAAUUUUUCAAGGGAGAGGUAAAGUUACUCUCUUUCUCUUAAUUUAACUUUUUAAAAUCAGGACUAUCACUGCAAAAUGUACAAUCCAUAUUUUACAAUCAGUAUACUUAAUAAAGUAUUUCUUCCUAUUACAAUCUCUUUUAGAUUAGGAGGUUGAAGAAUGACAGGGAGGGGAGCCAACACAAAUGAAUUAUUUUAGCUUUAGGAUCCUGUCUGCUUGUAAUAUUGACUGGUCUCCAGUUCUUGAGGACAUAUUUACACAAUUAUGUUUCUUAAUAUAAAAAUCUGUAUUUAGUGGGCAACAAGUAUUUUUAUGAUGGGAAGAGGGCCAUGCUUGUAUACAGUCUUUACACAUUGAACAAAUAAAUGAUUCAGAAAGUUUAGGGGUGGGAGAAUAAAUAUAGUUUUUAGAGAGGCAAUAAUUGAAAACAAAGAAGGGCACAUUUUGACUUAAAGUGUAUUAAACAAGAAGAAAAUAGUUGUGUUUAUAACUAUAUUUUGUAAUGAUAAAGCAGGCCUUGAAGAGAGAGAGUGAGAAAUGGAAAUCUUUGUAUUUCCAGAAAGUGAAAAUUUUGAGCGGUCUUGAAAGUAGAUAAAAAAAGGUGAAAAAGAGAUGAGAGGGAAAGAGGUUAUUUUUGCUGUUCAGCCAGUGUUUUCCAGAAUGAUACACAGAAACACAUAAAAUUAGGACUUUGAAGGAUUGGAGUCAACUACAAAUACUCAAAUUGUGUGUGUGUGUGUGUGUGUGUGUGUGCCCGCCUACUUGCAUACACAAUGCAGUAUGUGUACUUGUGAGUUAGGGGUGUGUGUGUGUGUGUGUGUGUGUGUGUGUGUGUGUGUAAAUUCCAGAAUGACUUUGGGUUAGAAUUGUAAAAUUAUUUUUUUCAGAGCUGUUUGCUAGCUAUGAGAGUGAUUGAGAAUUUCUUUUUUAUGAAAAGGGAUAUAAAGGCACUGAAUUGAGGCAGUAUUUGUAAUAUUAAAUUGACCCAACAUGGUAUUUGCAUGAAGCCCAAAUGCAGUGUUUUGAGGCAGUUUUGUAAAAUGACUUUUAGAAAAAAGGAUUGUGGUAUUUAUUCUUGUGCAUUGUAUUCAUAGGUAGACUAGAGGAUGCUGGUUUUACUUUCAUUUAAAGCAAUAUAAUGGUGAUAUUCUACAAUUGAGUGCCAUAAUAUCUAAAUAAGAAUUUUUAAAAAAUCUGACAAUGAGGAAACAAUAACCUGCUUCCUUUUCUUCGUAACUAGUAUUUUUAUUUUUUUAAGGCAAUAAUUAAAUUUAGUCUCAUUAAUAUUCACUUCUACUUUGUUUCUGGUAUGUCAUAUGAUAUGAUAUGUGUUGCUCUAACAAGGAGCAAUUUUCACUUAAAGUAUAUGGCAAAGUCCACAAUGCAUCAUUCUUAGUUUGUCUGUUUUUUUAAGUAGAUAAUAUAAGUGUUAACUUGGGGUAGGGGGGUAGAGAAUGUAAGCAAAAAUGAUAUUAACAAAGGGGAUAGAAAUAGUGGACUGCCAAAGAGCUGUCUUGUUUGAAGCCAAGUUUUAGAAAUGUGAACCAAAAAUCGCACCUGCUGUUAACCUGAUGUAUCUGGACCUGUGGAUUUUGUUUUGUUUUGUUUUCUAUAAGUAAUAAAGUAAAAUCUCUUUGAGUCCUACAUUGUCCAUAGAAAUCGGCAAAUAAUUCCAAAGUGUAGCAAUUAAACACCAAUAGGACAUUUUUAAGACUGGUUUAAGCUUAACUUGAAUAUUGGGGGGGAGGGGUGUUUUUGUUUUUUUUUUACAAAGAACUUCUGCACUACUUUUGAGAAAAUAUACAGGUAGAAAAAUAGCUUCUGAAUAGAUUUAAUGUGCCUAGGUUUGCAUUAACAGGCUUAAACCCUUCAGCAGAAGACGCUUGUUCCAAGGGCCACAACAAAUUUUAUAGCUAAAAGGAAAAUUGAAGGUCAGGUAGGCUAAUGCUUUCCUUUGAUAGAUUAGAAAACUGAAGCUAAAAUUAAAAUGGCUUGCCCAGAGUCAUACCAAAUGGGUCAUCAUUUGAAUUUCAAGUUCCUGACUCUUCAUCUUGCAUUUAUUCUGCUCUAAGAUGCUGCCUUUCUGGCUAUUUUUCCUCAUUCUUCACCCAAAAAUAUCCUCUUUGGGAGAACUGCAAAUUAGAAUUCCUUAAGAGAAUCUGGAUUUUCCAGAAUGUUUAUUCAUUUUGCAAGCAAGCAUUCUUGAGCACCAGUGGUGUGCAUAGCUUCAGACUAGCUAGGUUCCAUCAAUAAGAAACCCAGAGAGGAUUUGGUCAUUGGGAAAGAAAGAUUUUUUUUUUUUUAAGUGAAAAGAGUAAGUUCUACUUACUCUCCCUUUCCCAUCCCACCUUUCCCAUACCAAAUUGUGUCCUCUCCUUCAUAUCCACAGAAAAAUAUUCAAAUAGAUAGAAUAUUUGUAUUCAAGCAUAUAGUGGAAAUAACACUGCCUAGAAUCUGAAUUUAAAUAUAGCCUUUGGUGUUUAUAACUUGCCUGACAAGGCGCCCAAUCUUCCAAAGACCCAAUAGUUCAAUUUCCACAGGUUGACUCAUGCUUCUUUCUCCCCUUUGUUUUUUUCAUGCAGAAGUUUUGGAAACAGGGUUCUGUUCAUAACAAGAAGCAUGGGCUAUGUGUCCCUUGGAUCAAGCUAUAUAGUUUAUUCUUCUUGUCGGUAUCACUUGCAUGUUAUCACAUAGGUAUCCAUAUAUAUAUGUGUAGUAUAUAUAUAUAGUAUGUAUGUAUACACAUACAUACAUGUAUGUAUCCAUAUGCACACACAUGCAUAUAUAAGAAAUUAAAAGAAGGAAUACUAUUACAAUGUUAAUGCUAUCUCCAUGGAAAAAAUAAAACCUUUCUCCAGCUAAAGAACAGAUGUAAUGAAAUUUCAUUGCAAGGAAGAAUAGCUUCAGCAUUAGAGUCAAUGAAUAUAUCCAGUUUUGGUUUAUAGCAUUAAUUUCCUCAACUGUUAUUCAUUGAGCUGCCAAACUUUGAUUUUUGUCUUGCUUUUGAUUCAUAUUACAUUAAAAAGAAAAAGGAAAAAAAGGAACAAGACUUUUGUUUAUCAAAACUCAAUCAUACUGUAUACUUGGCUUUCUGUGUAUGUUAACCUCUUAAAUGUAACUAUUCUGCUUCUGUUUUAUAGUGACUGUGGGACAUACAAUGCAAGUAUAUAAUUAUUUUCUCAUUAAAACCAAAGCCUGUGUUGUAUUUCUAUAAAUGACUACUGUUUAAAUCUUAGUCACCAAUCUUAGUCACUAACCUUAGUCUGGAAAAGAUGGAUCCAGUGGCAGAAAUGAAACAAAUGAAGGCAAUUUGGGAAUUCCAGGCUUUGAAGAUAAAAUAUUUUUUUUCUCACAUGUCAAUCCAUAAAAUGUCCAACUCAAGAGCUUAACACAUACUGAGUAUGAGCUUGUCAGAAAUAAAACAUGGUUCCCAGAGUAAAUAAUUAUCCACGUCCUUUAUUUAGGAAUCCCAUCUGAAUACAACACCUACCUGGGUGUUGCCUUUUGUUUUUAUCCCUUAAUAAUUACCUGAUUCAUUCCAUCCUUACCUCUCACCCUUCUUCCUCCUCCCUAGCACUGAAAUCUCCCCUGAAACAAAGGAAAAUAGUCAAGAAAAAAACAACCAAUGCAGAGAAAAUGCCAGAGAGACUAUGUAACAUUUUGUAAGAGUUGAGAGAGAAGAGAUUCAUUACUUGUUUUCCUCAGGCAUGCUCCUUAGAAAAUAUUCUAAAUGUGGAAUGCCCACCUUGCUUGAUUGAAUUAAAAUCAAAUAGCAUUUAUUAAGGGACUACUAGCAAUAGUAAGGAAGGCAAAAAUUAAAUCAAUUCAAAAAUGGCAGUUUGACUGUACAAAACAUAGAAUGUGAUAGUUUAACUAGUUCAUUGGAGUUGUUUAAUAUUUGCUAGAUCUAUGAGAACCAUGAUUUUCCUGAAUUAAAUCAAUCCCUCAGCAUUUAUUUGGGCUACUACUCUGAAGACUCUUUACUCUGAAGUAAAGCUCAUUGUCCUUACAGAUAAUCUGUGAAGUCAUGCUUUUUUUAUUUCUAAAUACCUUGAGUACCUAUUAAUAAAAUUGUUAACUGAAAUUGA